AUGCUUCAAAGAUCAGCUAAAAUUUUGCUUCAGAAUGAGCUUCGACACACUGGUACACACAACAGAAUGGUGGAAGAAGCAGAAAUGUGGCGUCAGAAGGAAAAAAAAUCUCUCUCUUCCUCAUCAAAGAAAGAUAAAGAUAGAGAUAAAGACAAAGAGAAGGACAAAGAGAAAGAGAAAAAGAAUAGUAGCAGUAUAUUCUUUGAGGACACCCGCAAAUCCUUCUUGUAUGACAACAGAAUACGAGAUGACACAGUGUCAUAUGGUAAAUGUCGUGCUCAUAUGGAUGAUGAACCUUUUCCUUUAUCAACUACAAGAAGUACUUACUGGAUGAGGCAGCUACAAAAGGCAGAAGAGAAAGAUCCUGGAAGGUGGGGUCAUAGUGGAUACAAGGAACUUUAUCCUGAAGAAUUUCGCAGUGAUCGUUCUGAAGAUGAAGAAAAUGGUCAUCAUCAUCAUCACCAUCAUCAUCGACGUAAAAGGAGUUCUAGAAAAAGGAGAAAAGAGAAGAAACGCAGACAUCAUUAUAGAUCUAGAUCUGAUGAUAGUCGGAGUGACUCGGGACCUCGUCGUAAGCGGCGAAAGAGCACAGGCUGUAGCAAACACAGAAAACACCGUAGAUCACGAGACCUGUCUUCAGGGUCAGAAACGGUUCGCUACAUUCGACGUAAAAUCCGUAAAGAACGUCGACGUCGUAAGCACAAGCCUCGAAGGAUUUGUGAUACAGACAUUGAUAUUAAACCUCAACUUCAUACCAGCAAUAGCCCAGUGGUAGGCCGUCGUCAUCGCAGCACUAGCAGUAGUAGUCGACGUGGGGGUGGGUCUACACGUGAGCGUUCCUCCAUGCAUGACCAUCGUCAGUCUCGGCACAUGUCCACAGACAACACAGACUCUGGUGCUGAAGAAGCAGGCUCAAAGCGGCAAAAAUUUCAGCGUGAUUAUUCUUCUUCCGAUAGUGAAGAUAGUUAUUGUAUGUCUUAG